AUGGAUCUUUAUUAUGCGCCUUACUCUUCAUCGACUGGUGCCAUUCUUUUAGUUGGCAAGGUUGUUGGUGUGGAGUUUAAUAAAAUUACGGUCAAUACCCAGGAGAAGGAACAGCUAAAGCCGGAAUUUGUGAAACUGAAUCCUCAGCACACCAUUCCUACAAUCGUCGACAACGGAUUCUCUCUGUGGGAAUCUCGUGCCAUUCUCACCUAUCUGAUCGAGAAGUAUGCAAAGGAUGAUUCCCUUUAUCCUAAGGACCCUCAAAGACGUGCUGUUGUGAAUCAACGCCUCUACUUUGAUUUGGGAACACUCUUCAAGGCUCUCGCAGAGUAUUACUAUCCACAGUUCCAAAAGAAAGAAGCUGAUCCCGAGCUAUUCAAGAAGGUAGAGGAGGCCCUAAGUUUCCUUAAUAGUUUUUUGGAGGGCCAAGAGUACCUGGCAGGUGAUUCUCUCACCGUUGCUGACAUUGCCAUCCUCUCCACCCUUGCUUCAUUCCAAGCCGUCGGUCUAGACAUUAGCAAAUACAGCAAUGUUGCCAAGUGGUUCGAGAAUGGUAGCAAAGUGACUCCUGCAUGGGAAGAGCUUGAGAAUACUGUGGCUGCUUUGAAGAAAUUGGUGGAAUCACUGAAGUAAAACUUAGUAUACUUAUUGUACUAGUCCGUAAAUAAAUUAUUU